UUUUGCGUAGAACAAUAAGUGUAACAAGGAUCGAACGAUGUAAACACCGCCUUAUGCUUUAGCCUAGAGGUGAAGUUGGAAAAUUGAGAUUAAUAAAUACAAAUAGUCAAUAACUAAUUAAAUAAUUAUAUUUAUUUUUAAAUUAAAAUUAUGAAGCAUUCACUUGUUGUUGAUGAAAUGUUUCCGGAUGGUCCUGGACCAUUCAUGGAUCUUGAAAUGCCUGGAGGAUCCAAUAGAUUAUUCGUUGACGUCAGUUUUGAUGAUAAGGCCGUUCAUGCUGAUUUUUUUAAUGAUUUUUACGAUCUUUACGAUGAUGAUGAUUUAGAAUAAGAUUGUGUAUUACACCAAAGAACUGAUGGAUGUGAAAUACUGACAGCUUUCUCAUCUUCACCGUAAAUGGAAUAACUGAUUUGCAAAAAAAAAAAUUUAUACAAAUAAUGUAUUGUUCAAUUAAUCUAUUUUUAACGCAGUCAAUUCCAUAAAAAAACUAUGUAUAAAAAAUACUCUUCAAAAAAAAAAAAUUUUUUAAAUUCA